GACGGGAGAGCGCGCUAGUCUCGGCGAGACAGUCUUCCGGAGAGGGUGUGAUAACGAGCCGUUUCCUCGCUUUGAAGUCGCUCGAGACAUCUGAAGUCAGCAUGCGCGAGAUUGUGCACCUGCAGGCGGGCCAGUGCGGGAAUCAGAUCGGAGCGAAGUUCUGGGAGGUGAUCAGUGAUGAACACGGUAUUGACCCCACUGGCAGCUACCAUGGAGACAGUGACCUGCAGCUGGAUCGCAUCAGCGUUUACUACAACGAAGCCUCUGGGGGAAAGUAUGUCCCUCGUGCCAUCCUUGUGGAUCUAGAGCCAGGAACCAUGGACUCUGUCCGCUCUGGUCCUUUUGGGCAGAUAUUCAGACCUGACAACUUUGUUUUUGGGCAGAGUGGAGCUGGAAAUAACUGGGCUAAGGGUCACUACACAGAAGGUGCUGAACUGGUGGACUCGGUGAUGGACGUGGUCCGCAAGGAAGCCGAGAGCUGUGACUGUCUGCAGGGAUUUCAGCUCACGCAUUCACUGGGAGGAGGAACAGGUUCCGGCAUGGGAACGCUCCUCAUUAGCAAGAUCCGCGAGGAGUAUCCCGACCGCAUCAUGAACACCUUCAGCGUGGUGCCAUCUCCCAAAGUGUCGGACACGGUGGUGGAGCCCUACAACGCCACGUUGUCCGUUCAUCAGCUGGUGGAGAACACGGAUGAGACCUACUGCAUUGACAACGAGGCCCUGUACGACAUCUGCUUCCGCACUCUCAAACUCACCACGCCCACGUAUGGUGACCUCAACCAUCUCGUCUCGGCCACCAUGAGCGGCGUCACCACCUGCCUGAGGUUCCCCGGACAGCUGAACGCCGAUCUUCGCAAACUGGCAGUCAACAUGGUGCCCUUCCCUCGUUUGCACUUCUUCAUGCCUGGCUUCGCUCCUCUCACCAGCAGGGGGAGUCAGCAGUAUCGCGCGCUCUCCGUCCCAGAGCUCACCCAGCAGAUGUUCGACGCUAAGAACAUGAUGGCUGCAUGCGACCCGCGCCAUGGCCGCUACCUGACUGUGGCCGCCAUUUUCCGCGGCCGCAUGUCAAUGAAGGAGGUGGACGAACAGAUGCUGAAUGUCCAGAACAAGAACAGCAGCUACUUCGUGGAGUGGAUCCCCAACAACGUCAAGACCGCCGUCUGCGACAUUCCACCUCGUGGUCUCAAAAUGUCUGCGACAUUCAUCGGCAACAGCACUGCCAUCCAGGAGCUUUUCAAACGCAUUUCGGAGCAAUUCACCGCCAUGUUUCGCCGCAAGGCCUUCCUGCACUGGUACACCGGCGAGGGCAUGGAUGAGAUGGAGUUCACCGAGGCUGAGAGCAACAUGAACGACCUGGUGUCCGAGUACCAGCAGUACCAGGACGCCACCGCAGAGGAGGGAGAAUUCGAGGAGGAGGGUGAAGAGGAGGCCACCUGAUCACCAUCUCUUCCACCUUAACUUCCUCCAUUUUUUGAUUCAUAUGCCACAUCAUCUCAGCCUCCUCUCAGUCCAGUGCUGUUCAUUCAAAGUCCAUUCAAAUGCUUGUGUGAUUCUCAUUUUAGCUUGUUUCUCAUUGUGUUAAAAUCACCAUGUAUUCACUAAAUAAAGACAUGACAAACCUAAAAAAAAA